CACCACCACCUCCAGCCAUCGCCAUCACCACCGCCUCCUCCUCGAUCUCUCACUCCCCCUGUAGCCCACAGCUCCCUGUAGCUAGCUGGUGCUGUUUGCGCCUGCCCUGCGCCCUGUUCGUUCGUUUGUUCGGUCGCGGUUGAUUUGGGCAUGACGAACCACGCCGGCUUCGCCGCGGAGGAUGCGGUCACCGGGGCCGUCCCGGCGGCGGCGCAGGCCGGGCGGCAUUUCUCGCCGUUCAUGGCCGGCAGGCGCGGUACCGACUGCAAGAAGGCCGCGGCGCCGCCGGUCCACGUGGACCUCGCCGGCGCCGGGGUGACCAUACCCGGAUCUUGGCUCGACUCCAUGAGGGCCUCCUCCCCUCGCCACGCCAAGCCCGUCGUCGGCGCCGAGCACGACGAAUGGAUGGAGAAGCACCCGUCGGCAUUGGCCAUGUUCGAGUCCAUCGCCGCCGCGGCGAAGGGCAAGGAGAUCGUCGUGUUCCUCGACUACGACGGCACCCUCUCCCCCAUCGUCGCCGACCCCGACCGUGCCGUCAUGACCGACGACAUGAGAGAGGCGGUGAGAGCCGUGUCGAAGCACUUCCCGACGGCGAUCGUGAGCGGGAGGUGCAUCGACAAGGUGUUCGACUUUGUGAAACUGGAGGAGCUGUACUACGCCGGGAGCCAUGGCAUGGACAUCAGGGGCCCCACGGCGGCAGCAUCGGAGUACCACCACAGCAUGAACGCAAACCAGCAGGGUGGUGGUGGUGAAGACGCGGUUGUUACGUGCCAGCCGGCCGCCGAGUUCCUGCCCGUCAUCGACGAGGUGUACCAGGUGCUGAAGGGGAGGAUGGCGAGCAUCGCGGGGGCGCUGGUGGAGAACAACAAGUUCUGCCUCUCCGUCCACUACCGCUGCGUCGACGAGGCGGAGUGGGGCGCGCUGGACGCGGAGGUGAGGGCGGUGAUGGAGGGCUACCCGGAUCUCCGUCUCACCAAGGGAAGAAAGGUGCUGGAGAUCCGCCCUGUCAUCGACUGGGACAAAGGCUCCGCGCUCCAGUUCCUGCUCAAAUCUCUCGGCUACAAGGGGCGCAAUGAUGUUUUCCCUAUUUACAUUGGAGAUGACCGCACGGAUGAGGACGCUUUCAAGGUGCUGCGCAACAUGGGACAGGGCAUAGGAAUCCUUGUGACCAAGUUCCCAAAGGAGACCACUGCAUCCUACACUCUGAGAGAGCCAUCCGAGGUCAAGGAGUUCCUGCGCAAGCUGGUGAAGCCUACUCCUAAGAGCAACGAGACAAAGGGUUGAUUUAGAUCGAUUGAUCGAAGCCUAUAGCUAGCUAGCUAGCCUUUUGUUCCUUAAUUAAUUCGUCUCUCCCUUUUGGUCUAUUAGAAGAAACAAAGCAUGGAUGAAUGGUAAACUCAUGCAUGGUGCAUGCGGUAGUAAACAAACUCCAGGCCUUGGCUGUGAAAGGUCUCUAUUACCGUAUCCUUCUGGCAAAAGGCCAUGUAAUUAAAUUAGCUGCCGUGACGACAGAAAUGAUCGAUGAAGAGGGACACAAGUGUGAUCUCCUCCUCUUUUUUAC